CAUUCAAUUUCUAAUCAGAAUUUCUAAUCACCUCGAACAUUCCAUUCUAUUUUUUCCAUCCCAACUAUGUACCGAGAUACGGUCCAUCAAAGUCUGACCUAAGACUGCGCAUUAUCAAGACCCACCAAAGUCCGCAGCGGAGUCUAAACCAAAUCCAGAAUAGCCUGAGCUUGUUCGGAAUCGGCUCGUGGCGACUGACAUGAAUGUAGAUGCAUUUUCGGGAUAUAUAUUCGCAUGUCUGUCCUUACAAUUUGCUUCAAUUCAAGCUUUAAUCCUAAGAACGAGAACAGCGCAAAAUGUCCUUUCCCUACAAGAAAGUUCUCGUCAUUGGCGCCACUUCUGGCAUCGGCAAGGCUAUUUCCGAGAGACUUGUUAAGAAUGGAGUUUCGAUUGUGAUUACCGGACGGCGAAAGGAGAACCUGGACGAAUUUGUGGCCGCGCAUGGUAGCGAUAAGGUCCAGGCAAAGGUCUUUGAUGUUUUGAAGUUAGAUGAUAUCCCCCAAUUCGCCUCGGAUGUUCUCUCCUCAAACCCCGACCUCGACUGCAUCUUCGUCAACGCCGGUAUCCAACGCGCGUUCAAUUUUGCCGACCCCACCUCCGUCGACAUCGACACUUUCGACACAGAGCUCCUCACCAACUACACCGCGGCAGUCCGUCUGACAAAGGCCUUCCUCCCUCACCUCCAGAAACAACCAACCAAAACAGCGCUUAUCUACACAACGUCGCAGAUGGCGUUAGUCCCAAUGAUGCGCGCGCCCGGGUACGGUGCGUCGAAGGCUGCGCUGCACCAUUUCAUUCUUGCCCUGCGCACGCAGUUGAAGGACAGUCCGGGUGAUGUUAAGGUGGUGGAGGUUUAUCCGCCUGCUGUGCAGACAGAGCUGCAUGAUACUAAGCACCAGCCGGAUCUUGAGAAUGGGCAUUUAAUUGGGAUGCCGUUGCAGGAAUUUGCGGAUGAGAUGUGGAGUAGUCUGCUGAAAGGCGAGGAGCAAAUUGCGGUUGGUUCGGCAAAGGAGAUCUUUGAUGCGUUUGAGCCGAAGAGGCAGAGCGUUUAUGAAAACUUGACGGCAGGGUUGACGGAAGUGCUUAAGCAGUUUCUGCGGUGAUUCGAGCGCAAUGGUGCAAGUCAUAUAUUCUAUAUAUUAAUUGGAU